AAAAUUGUAAGGUUAUGUUCUGUUGAAGCUGAAGGAGACAAAUUUCUUGGGAUUACAUUCAGUUUGAAACGAGGCGAGUUAUUAUAUUACUCUCACAUUAUCUUCCAAAUUUUCAAAGGAUCGUGCGACUAUGUAUUACUAUAUGCAUAUUUCAUUGAACUUUGAAAAGGACCAAGAGAACCGUAUAACUCCUGCUUUCUUCAAAGAUAAUAUAAUCAGAUGUGUCCGAAGUGUAUUUGGAGAAUGUGCUUGCAAUGCUGAUAUAGAUCUACUCAAAUAUAACCCAGGAAAUCUUAAUGCUAUAAUUCGAAUACCUGAGCACUUAUACGUGAAAGUUCAUGCAGCUUUAAGUUUUUGUGGAGCUUGGCACGGUCAACCUUGUUUUUAUAUUAUCCACAAAACUAGCCCUUUAUUAUUGAGUUUAUCUCAGGAUAGUAGAAACUACGAGCACUAAAAUGUCAGUUUGCAAGCAGUUUGGAAAAGACAAAGUAAUAUUUGCUACCGAAGAAGAUCAUAAAGUUCCGAGUACAGUGAAGCUUCCAGAACCUGAACCACAACCUGGACUAAUACUUCCUAGUGGAGAUAUUAAUUGGAACUGCCCUUGCUUAGGCGGUAUGGCAACAGGUCCUUGUGGCUUUGAAUUUAGGAAUGCUUUCAGUUGUUUUCAUUACUCUGAAGCUGA